AUGAAAGAAAUCGCCGAAUUCCACCGAAAUCUGUUCUCACUUCUCAGGAUGAUGAAAUUCGCUGUUUUGGUUGUCCUGUUGCUGUGCGUAGGGUAUGCCGUUGGUGAUACUAAAGGGACGGUGAGGGCGUGCGGUCGGUCUUUGUCGGAGCUUCUCAGUUUUGUCUGCCAUGGAAAUUAUAAUGAACCCAGCGGAACGAAGAGAAGUGAUCAUGAACUCAUAUUCGAUGACAAAAUCGUCAGGCCAGUGGAAUAUAUUCUGGACCGACAAUUGAGGGUGCAGAGGGGUGUAGCCGACGAGUGUUGCCACCGACCUUGCAGCUUCUCCACCUUGCGUUCCUAUUGCGGAUCAGGGAAAAGAUAA